AUGACGAGAAAAAAUAGUUUUGCAAUCCAAGAUGUGAUUGAAGUGACUAGAUUCAGCACGCUUAAACGAUUACUACGCGUCACAGCUUACGUCUUGCGAUUUAUACGUAAUUGUAGAACAGUAAGUCGGUCAAGAAACAGUGGUUCCAUAACACUACAAGAACUUGAGAAUGCAGAAAUGUUACUUAUUCGGCAGUGUCAACAGAAUUCCUACAGUGAAGAAAUAUCUAAUCUACAAUCCGGAAAAUCACGGUUACCGGUUGUUAGACAGUUACGUCUUUACCUAGAUUCAGAUGGUUAUAUCAGAUGUGGAGGCAGAAUACACAACGCACCCCUGGACGAAAAUACCCGGUUUCCUAUUCUCUUACCAGCAAAACAUCACCUGAUAAAACUUAUCAUAUUUGAUGCGCACGAGAAACAAUUACAUUCAGGUACAAGUGCAACUAUCUGCCACCUACGACAGAAAUAUUGGAUUCCAACAAUACGUCAAUGUGUAAAAUCACUACUUAGAAAGUGCACAAUAUGCCGUAAAAUCAACUCCAAACCCUACCUUGCUCCAGAUCCACCACCAUUACCAACAUACAGAGUGAAAAAUUCAUCACCUUUUGCUGUGACAGGGAUUGACUUCAGUGGAGCACUUUACGUCCGAGGAGAAUCCGGCCGAGAGUCCAAGACAUAUGUGUGUCUUUUUACAUGUGCGGCUACCAGAGCAGUACACCUUGAACUCGUGCAUGAUCUCACAGAAGAUUCAUUUAUGCAAGCGUUUCGGAGAUUCGUUAGCAGACGAUCAUUCCCAAGGCUGAUAAUAUCUGACAACGCAACAACCUAUCAUGCAGCGUCUAAUACACUGAAGAAAAUGUUCGAAUCCCAAACAUUGAAAGACCAACUCAAUAGUACAGGAACAGUGUGGCGAUUCAUCCCAAAUCGCUCACCAUGGUUUGGCGGAUGGUGGGAAAGAAUGAUUGGACUUGUUAAAACCACACUUAAGAAGGUACUUGGUCGGUCAUUCGUAACUUACGGAUCCCUACAGACGAUACUUACAGAAAUCGAAGCCGUUCUUAAUGACCGUCCUCUGACAUACGUUACAUCCGAUACUUCAGACCCAGAACCGCUUACCCCUUCGCAUUUACUAUAUGGUCGAAGGAUAACGACUCCGGUGGAUUACUCAGCUAUUCAGAACGUAAACAGUAACCACAACACAGCAAAUAAACAGGUUCGAAUCCAGCGAGAGUUACUCAACCGAUUUUGGGAGAGAUGGAAGACUGAUUAUCUUACUUCAUUACGUGAACGACACACGCAAAGCGGUCAAAACAAGCAGACGAUAAAAGUUGGUGACGUGGUACAGGUGCAUGAAGACUGUCCUCGAUUACGAUGGAAACUUGCCGUGGUGGAGGAACUGAUGACGGGUAAAGAUGGUUUAACCAGAUCAGCCAUGAUCCGUACCGGAAGUGGUCUUACAACACGAGCUAUUAAGAAACUUUACCCCCUUGAGCUGAAUGAAAAUGAGAGACAGUAA